UAUCCUCUGUCUCCAUCUUCUCCCAAGAACUCUCUUCCUUGCUCUCAGAUUUGUUCUAAAUUCUCUCUAUUUAUCUCCUUGAAACCCUCCUCCUCUUUGGAGGCCGCUAUAAGUUAUCCCAACACUCUGUUCAGAUCUUUGUUUCUGCUUGGUUCCUUGGAACUCUGAGAAAAUGCGUUGGUGUUCUGAUCUUUGAUUUUUUAAAGAGAAAAUGAACAUUUGUGCAUAUCAUCAGAGGAACGCCAUGGGAGGAGUGUGUGAGGAGGAGAGGAGUUUUGAUUCGGUGGUUUGCCCUAAACCUCGUAGAUUAGGCCUCUUAAAUCCAGCCAUCAACGAUCCUAUCAGACAUCUGAGAUGGCCUGCAAACAGUUACCAAAGUGAGGUUGGAGCUUCUAAAGCAGGGACUGAACUCCUGGAUUUAAUUCUCGCCAAGGGAAGCUAUGGUGCUGAAAGAUCUGGUGGUCAGGUGGCUUCAUCGCCGCCACCAUUUUUCUCUGGAUCACCACCUACCAGAACUUCCAAUCCUCUAAUCCUGGAUGCACAUUUCAGGAACGAGCAGCUCUGUCCCCCUUCUCCAUUACCAGCACCUCCAUCGCCAUCCUCACGAAUGGGGGGUGGAUGUGUAAGGAUGAAGUUUGGCCACAAACCUGCUGCUGUGAGGGUUGAAGGGUUUGAUUGUCUCAGCCGAGAUCGCCGCAACCGCAGCAUCUCGGCUGUGGCAUAAACCAUGAAACCCAUCUCACAUGACAAACAAACCCAGAUGAGAAAAAUGACACAUUUUGUAGCAAAUUUUGGUAUGGUAAGAAGGGUGAAGGAGAAGGGGAUCUAAAUGGGUAGCAAAUGUUGAAUUGAUACUUACUAUCUGUUGUAUAUACAAGUCCAAGUCAAAAUGGGUUGUUCUUGUUUGAGUAAUAUUGUUUGUUUUUCUUUUGGUGUCAUCAAAUCUUCUCAUAAUAUUUGUGGUUGUAAUGAAGCUGUUAUGAGAUGUUAAUUUUGCAGAAUAAAAGGGUAAGAAGAGAGGCAAAAGAACCUGUAACUUUCCUUUGUCAGGUUUUUGUAUAUAGAGAAAAGGUUGAGAGUAUUGUUGGGAGCUUAUGGGAAGUUUCAUGGAAAAAAAAUUGUAAUAUCAUGAUGUUCCCUGUUUGUUUGUUACUUUAAUCCUCCCUUUGUAAUUGUAAUUUGGAGGAAAAUGAGGCAAAUGAAUCCCAUCUUAUUUAUUA